CCCUAGUUUCUUCUCGUAAACUCUUUCUUGUCUUUUGGGUUUAUUCCUGGAAACUCUUGGCUCGCCCAUUCACCUGGCCCUGCCCUCCCUGAAUAUUUUAGCCCGCGCCCGUUGCGCCUACUCCCCUGCACCAUGGCUGAAAUCCGCCGCAAGCUUGUCAUCGUUGGUGACGGUGCCUGUGGUAAGACUUGUCUGUUGAUUGUCUUCUCCAAGGGCACCUUCCCUGAGGUCUACGUCCCCACCGUGUUCGAAAACUACGUCGCCGAUGUCGAGGUCGAUGGAAAGCAUGUUGAGCUCGCUCUUUGGGAUACGGCUGGUCAGGAAGAUUAUGACCGUCUCCGUCCUCUCUCAUACCCUGACUCCCAUGUCAUCCUGAUUUGCUUCGCCGUUGACUCCCCUGACUCUCUCGACAACGUUCAGGAGAAGUGGAUUUCCGAGGUCCUCCAUUUCUGCCAGGGCCUCCCUAUCAUCCUUGUCGGAUGCAAGAUGGAUCUUCGUCACGACCCCAAGACCAUCGAAGAACUUCACAAGACCUCCCAGAAGCCGGUUACCCCUGAGCAGGGUGAGGAGGUUCGCAAGAAGAUCGGUGCUUACAAGUACCUCGAGUGCUCUGCGCGCACCAACGAGGGUGUCCGUGAGGUCUUCGAGGCUGCCACCCGGGCUGCGCUCUUGACCAAGACCCACAAGAGCAAGAAGAAGUGCACUAUCCUGUAAACUAGUUUUCUCUCCUUCGCAAAAGGUCUGUUUCAUGCGGAGAUUAUAUGAACGGAUAAGCGUCUCGAACAUUUGGUCUUAUUAUCUAUUAAGAGGGGGUUAUUCCGUUGGCGUGUUCCAAGAUGUGCCCGGAUGCGAGUGUGGAUAAUGUUCAAUCACGGGCACAUGAGCUUCAUGGGAUUAUCUGGCUAUGCAGUUGGUCGACUUUCUUAUUUUGCAGACUUGAUUUGAUUUUCUAGGGAGGCGUUGUCUUCAUAACCUUGUGGGUUUUCUUAUCU